UUUGAAUAGUUGAAAACAUUUUUACCCCUGAAAACAAAUAUAUAAGCUGCGAAUGUUUGUGGUUUGAGUAGCAAUUGAGUUCACAAAACCACACACAACUCAUCAUGAAGUUUCAAUACCUUCUUUCCUUGGCUCUUUUAAUCGGUGUUGCGGCCGCUCAAAGAGACGAUAUUAGAGAGUGCGUCCAUAAGGCAUUGGAACCCAUGGGUCAAGAUUUGGAUCAAUGUGUGGACGGCGAUGACACUCUCAAGGAGUUAAAAGCAAGCCUCAUCAGUAUCAUAACUGAUUCGAAAAAUCUCCAUGAUAACGCCGCAAGUGAAAUCGAUAGUUGUGGGGAUGAUAUGAACUGCAGAAUUCAAACCGCUGUAAAAAUCUUCAAUCAAGGAGUUGACAUUUUCAGGAGAGUCGUGGACUUGGACCACAAAAUGAGAGAGCUACAUUUGAGUCAACCCACCAAGGAUUGUUUCGUCACAAGUCUGCAAAAGGCAGCUGAUUCUGUGCGACAAUGCCUGCACUUUUAAAUUGUAUGUGUUGUACUCGUAGUUCUGGUGAAGGGCGAAUAAAUGUAAUCGUUUACAAGUA